AUGAUCCGAAAUGGGCUCCGAAUAUCGAGAGGAUUGAGGAGACCGAGACCAACACAAUCCACCAUUUUUGGUCCACGGUGCCAUGUUGCUCUCGCCACUUCACGUCCAGAAUCACCAAGAUGGUUUGCAGCCAAUUCAUCCGAUACUGAAGCAAAAGAAGACGGAAUUGACUAUUCUAAAAUGAACUUUGGAUCGGUCAUCGAUGGACCCCAAAUACGAUUUGGCUCGGGAAAGAUUGCCAAUCUGACCGAGUCUUCCAUUGUCGGAGCCUCGGGAGAAACCGUAGUCAUGGCUACUGUUGCAUCUUCCCCUACAGAAGAUCAAUCCAAGUCGUCUUCCAGCGCAUUUUCGCAGUAUCUAAGACAGCAAUCGUCAUUUGUUCCACUGACAGUCGACUAUCGACAACGGCAUCAUGCAGUCGGAAAAAUACCCACCUCGGGCAAUCGAAGUGACAAUCGGCGGCCCUCGGACGAAGAGACGCUUGCUGGUCGAGCCAUUGAUCGCUCGAUACGACCUCUGAUCAAGAAAUCGGACGAAUCCAUUCACCUCUCGUGUAGCAUUCAAGCAUGUCCACUGAACGAUCAAGGUGGACAUCCAAUUGCUUUGGCACUCAAUUCGGCGUCAGUGGCGCUGAAAAAUCGGCUGCAAGAACCAAUUGCUUGUGUGUAUCUUAAUGUCAUGAGAGAUGGGACCGUACUCGUUGAUCAAUCGACUCCUAACAAGGACUCGAUUUGUGAGUUGCUCUAUGCUGGCACACGAGACAAAGUGGUCAUGAUGGAAUUUUCGGGAAUGCUGCCAGAAACAAAUCUGAUAAAUCUCAUAGAGUUGGCACAUGGCUGUGUCCAACCAUUACUAGAUACACAAAAGAUGCUGGUGGAUACCAGGAAAAAGCAAGAAGAGAUUGAAGAUGACACCUUGCGCAAAGAACUUGGCUUACCACCGGCUGAUGGAACUAAGAUCUCAAUUGAGCGUGAAUCAACGGCGGUGAGCGACAGCGAAGAGCUGUUUGAAGAAAUAUUUGAUUUUUGCAAAAAGAGAAUCGGAGAAAGCUCUCUUCGGCUUUUCGGUGUUAGUGAUCUAUCCAAAGUGGGGAGUGAGGUUGCCCUCGCACCACAGGUUCAUGGAUCCUCAGAUCCGCCUCUGGUGAGCAAAAAGCUUCGAGGAAGAAAGGAACAAAUGCUGCGUGAUGAGAUUCAACAAAAAUUGGUGGAUUUCGAACCCAGCAAACAACAACUUGAUUCCUACAAGGAGAUGAUGGAUGAUGGGAACGCAAUGCCGACGCUUGCUGAUUUGGUCCACUCCAAACUGUUAAAAGAAUCCAUGGCAAAAGCAGCCAUCAAACAUGGACGUCGAGCCGAUGGUAGAGGAGACUACAGUAAUGCUUGCACAACAAUUCGACCGUUAUCUAUGGAAGUUCCAGCUCUUCCGGCCUGUGUGCAUGGAUCGUCGUUGUUCACACGAGGUGAAACCCAAGUCUUGUGCACAGUCACACUUGGUCCUCCAAAAGAUGGAAUUCCCAUCAAGGAUCCGUACAAACCCAUUGUAGAAUCUUCGAAGAAAGUAGACGAGAAAUUACCACAUCAGGACUUACCCGUGGGCAGUCUUCGGUAUCUGAAUACACAAGAGUACCUAGAGAGCGACUUGAAUACUCGGAGAGUGAUGGCAGAUCGGGAACAGACAGGAGACUCGGGAACAAUGAAAGAGAGACGACGUGCCUUCUUACAGUAUGAUUUCCCAGCAUUUAGUAAGGGAGAGGUUCAGAAGGGUCCUUCGGGUGGCAAUAGAAGAGAAAUUGGACAUGGUGCAUUGGCAGAGAAAGCUUUGUUGCCGAUUUUACCUGAUGCCGAAGCAUUUCCCUAUGCGAUCAGAAUGACCAGUGAAGUCACGAGUUCGAAUGGAUCUUCGAGCAUGGCAACAAUCUGUGGUGUAACGCUUGCCCUUUUAGAUGCUGGGGUACCGAUUGCGUCACCGGUGGCAGCUAUCAGUGUGGGCCUCGCAGACGGCAAAACCGAGAAAGACCCCCAUAGACUUCUGCUAGAUAUCACAGGUAAUGAGGACUAUUUCGGAUCAAUGGAUUUUAAGAUUGCUGGAACAGAUUCUGCUGUGACAGCUUUUCAGCUGGACGUGAAAAGUCCGUUGCCCCUUCACGUAAUUUCUGAGGCUCUUCUUCUUGCCAAGGAUGGGAGAAUAGAAAUGCUGAGUGAGAUGGAGUUACAAUCAAGAAAAACAUCAGGUGGAGAUGUUUCCAAUCUUCUCCCGCGUUCUGAUCUGAAGGAUGCUGCCCCAAGAGUCAAUAUUGUAAAGUACGAUCCAACAAGAAAGAAGAGUCUUGUUGGGCCUGGAGGAGCCGUAAUCCGUCAAAUGGAAGACCGGUUCAACGUAUCCUUGGAUCUUACCCAAGAAGGGCGGUGUCUGCUUUUUGGAGAUGACCGUGAAAUGGUCCGCCAAGCCAAAGCAGCUGUGAUGGACUUGGUAGCGGACGUGGAAGUUGGCGGUGUUUACGAAGGUACCGUCAUUGAUUUGCGGGAUUUCGGGGCAAUCAUUGAAGUGUUGCGGAACAAGGAAGGCCUCUGUCAUAUCAGUGAAUUGGUCGAGAAAGACGAUAUCAAACGGAAUAAAAGCGGAACACUUGGGCUGGUUCACUCCGUUUUGAAAGUUGGACAGAAGAUCGAUGUAGUAUGCGAUGCUGUCGAUCCUGUCCAGGGUACGAUACGAUUGAAGCCAUACAAGAAGCUUUCGGCGACCAAAUAA